UCUAAAACCACGCUUCAGUGUUCUCCUAACCACGGGGGAGUGCGCACGCGUGUCACUCUCUCUCCUCUGUCACUCCCUAUUUCUCCCUUUUAUCUCCUGUCUCUCCCUCCUCACAUGCUUUCCAGGGGUGAGAGGGGAAGGGAGAGGCCGCCAGGGAGAGUGAGUGAGAGUGACAAGGGUUUAAGUGAUAAGAAAAAAAAAAGAUAAUAAAAGAGAGAGAAAAAUGUUGUAAAUGUGAAAGUUAUCUCUACGUGAAAGUGAGAUAAUUAAAGAAAGUGGAUUGAAGAUAGAAUUAAAGAAAGGAUUUGUGAGAAAGUGAGAAAAUGCAUUGAGUGAUUCCUUUCUCUCUCUCUCUCUCUCUCUCUCUCUCUCUCUCUCUCUCUCUCUCUCUCUCUCUCUCUCUCACCAUGCUCGCUGUAAAGAAAUAUUUUAAUCCAAGACGUAGAAGAAACUCUGCAGAAUUUGAUUCCUCUGGGUUGGUGUGUACUUGUCCCUACGGCUCCCCACGGCCCUCCAGCCCCGCCCCUCCCCUCCCCGUCCCCGGCGCAGCAGGGGGGCGGGAGGGGGCCGGCACUGACAGCCCCCCCCUUGCCAGACGUCACCAGUACCGCAGGAGUGUUAGUCUUGGCCAGAUAUUGCACCGUUCAGAUUCUUCAAGUAGCGAUAUUUCAACACUAUAUAACCCUGGAAGGAGGUACUACAGGGACCCCAGAGGCAGCCCACGCCCGCACACCCACGCCCUGCACGCCCACGCCCACGCUGACCACCCAGACAACGCGGGACAUGAGCUCAGUGACUUUGAAAAGGAGAAUCUGUUGUUUGUACGAGAUUUAGACAACAGUUACCAUCGUCCCUUGUGUCACAGCACCUCCAAUGCCAGUAUCUGCUCAGCGUUCAGCGAAGACUCUCUCACAGGUGACUCCACGCCCCGAGGAGGCAGCCCCUACCCCGGGAGGAGGGACUAUCUAGGGCCUUGCAAAUCCUCCUCCUCCUCCCUCCUCCACUCCAUCUCUAAGGAAGAAGAAGAAGAAGAGGAAGAGGAAGAAGAAGAAGAAGAGGAAACAAGAGAAGGAAGAAGAGUUAGUGUCCCUUCUAACUCUUCCUCUUCCUCGCCCUCCUCCUCCCCCUCCUCCUCCUUCUUCUCCUCCUCCUCCUCCGCCUUCCCUCAUGCCUCCGUCAGUAACUUCAGGAGGAAAGUGUCGCUUCCGGCCCUAACUGCUGGAUAUAGAAGCGACUCCUCAGCCCCGUCAAGCGUGGCCACGUCAUCAGCCUGGUGGACCAAUACCAGGCCACCAUUUAAAACUCCCGCCAACCUUCACCCAAUCACCUGCAAACAUUUAAAACUCCCGCCACAAACAUCCCAGCAUUUAAAACUCCCACCACAAUCCCUCAAACAUUCAAAACUCCCGCCAUAGUCUCGCAAACAUUCAAAUCUCCCGCCACACACUUUCAAACAUUCAAAUCUCCCGCCACGGUGCCAACCAAUCACAUUUCACCAUUUAGAACUCCCGCCACAGCCUCUUCAGCCUUCAAAUCUCCCGCCACACUGUCAGCCAAUCAACUUUCAGCCUUCAAAUCUCCCGCUACAGUGCCGACCAAUCACGUGGCAGCCUUCACUCCUCCCUCCAGAAGCUUAACCAAUGAGAGACAAGCUUCGGGUGAUGUCACAAUGCUCUUGGCCAAUCACAGCCUCUCCUCUCGUGACAGUGACGUGACAGCAGCGUGGUUGCCUAAUUACAGACGCGAUG